CCCGGGCCUGACAGUCGUGGUCUAGGGGCAGCUGUUAUGCAACACCAUGGCUCCGUGCGCUGCAGCCAUAGCAUAGUGGUUCUCACUACCUGGUCUGCGUGCGAGUCCAUAGCAUAGCAACAUACUAGACCGGCUGUAUAUAAGUGCAAUGCGUUUUCGCUGCCUUGGGUAGAUUUGUUUUUAGUAGCAACCUGUCUUUACAAGAGUCUUUCGUUCAUCGUCCUUCUCGUUCUUCAACUUCUCUAUCUUCUAUUCUAUCGUUCCUGGAGAAUCGAUCGGCCGGCCCAUUCAACUGCAUUACUUACUUUGGCAAUCUUUAUCUGUUAAAUAACCGGAAGUAAACGUACCAUUAUUCAAGAUGAAGCACUCGGUUCUCGCUUUCGCUCUCAUUGGCGCCGUGGUUGCGCGCCCGACUGCGCUUUUGAAGAAGCGUGAGGUUCCUCAAGAGCAUUCGCAUCGGAACAUUGUCCUUGCUACCAAUGAUCUGUUGAAAUUAAACAACCCGGACAAUAUACAAGACGCCGUCUUUGGUCUUCUUGGGGCUGCUGCGGCUGCCAACGGAGCUGGAAACAUUGCCGAUGCUGACUGCCUCCAGCAAGCUACCGCUGACCAGGCCUUCUCUAAUGCCAAAGAGAAUGACGAUGUCGAGGGUAUGACCAAUGCCCUGAUCUUCCGCGCCCUGGAGCGCAACACUGGAAAAGUCGGUCUUGCGUCAGUUGCCUGCAAGUCUAUCGUGGCUGUCAACCCAGAGAUUGCUGCGAUUCAACAGCACCAAGACCCUGCUGGCGAGGGCGCGCAAGCAUUGAAUAAGGAUAUCGCUGCCGAAUUGGCACGCCAGAUUGCCGCGAUCGGUGGUGACGAGAGCCGUGCCAACGACGCUUCCACCUUCCAGCCUGGUGAGCUUGACGACGCUACUGCCGCGGGGAAUACCUGCAACGAGGAGAACGACAAUGAGGGUUGCAUCAACUCUCAGAAUCUCCGUAACGAUGAUCUCUCCGAUGAUGAGAUUGCCGCCGCGGUUGCCAACGUCAACCAAGCUGAUGCCAAUGCGGACAACAAGACGAAUGAUAACAAGGCUGCUGGUGACAAGGCUGGCGACAAGGCUGGCAACAAAGCUGCUGGUAACGACAAAGCUGCUGGUAACGACAAAGCUGCUGGUAACGACAAAGCUGCUGGUAACGACAAAGCUGCUGGCAACAAGGCCAGUGCCGACAAGCAAGCAGCUGCUGACGAGACGGCGGCCGGCGACGACAACGCUCAGGCUGCCUUUGGCGACUGCGAUCCUACCAUCGCCUUUGGUGCGCCGUCUGAUGGCCGCCAAGAGGACGCUUUCGAGCCUACUGACCUGGCUACUUUCAAUCACGGCUCUGCGUUGAACAUUGGCGUCAUCUCCAACUUCAUCUGCUCUCAAGUCUCCAACAAGUGCAGUGCCAAUGCGGCGGCCGUCGACACUUGCGAUCAGGCUGCGGCUGCGGCUUCUGGUCUACAGGGUCAGCAGGCUGCAGAUGCGUUCAAUUCUGCUCUUGGGGUUUAGGGAACUGGUAUCAUGGUUUGAGAGAUACAAAGCGAGGACUGUGCAUUAUAGAAACCUGUAUUUUAGCUACGAGCCGUUUGGGUCAUGACGUUUCUUUUUAUAACGAUUUACUGUUGCGUAUACCAAUUUGACAGUUUGGAGAGCCUGCAC